CUGUUCCUAGCGGCGCUGUUGCGGAAGUGGCCGCGGACGCGGUUCGGUGUUUUCCUGAGCUCGGAGCUGCUGUCGGCGGGAAGGAUGCCGGGUCUGGCGGCCGCGAGCCCUGCGCCGAGCGAGGCCCCGGAGAAGAAGCCGCUGAAGCCCUGCUGCGCCUGCCCGGAGACCAAGAAGGCUCGCGAUGCGUGCAUCAUUGAGAAAGGAGAAGAACACUGUGGACAUCUGAUUGAGGCCCACAAAGAGUGCAUGCGAGCCCUGGGGUUUAAGAUAUGACAUGGUGGCCUACUCUGCGAAUGAAUAAUCCCUGAAGAAUGAAGAAGAUUAAAUCUUUUGGAAGUUCUUUGAUUAUCUUUGAUAAGUAGAUAAAGUAUUUAUUAUUUAUUUUAAAAGAGAAAAUAAAAAAAUGCCCUAUUCCAUGA